GAAUCUGCUACCGCCUCAAGAAACGAGGCGCAAAGCUAGACCAUGAGAGAGGAAGCACAAGGCCGCCGCGGAAAUGAACAUGAACGUGAACUAGAAGAAUGCAUGAAAUUGCUGUACGAUGCCGCACCUGGCUAUGAAUCUCAGCGGACCUCCAUCCCCCACCCGAUUGAGGGAACAUGCAAAUGGUUUCUGGAACAUCCUAAAUUCACCCAAUGGAAAGAAUCAUCCUACGACGAACCAUGCUUCCUAUGGGUAACCGCGAGCCCUGGUUGUGGGAAAUCCGUCUUCGCCAACUUCUUGAUUGAUCAUUUAGGACAAACAGGGUCUUCAGACAUUGUUUGCUACUUUUUCUUCAAGGAUGGCGACGAGGUGCGCCAGCACCUGCACCACGCUUUAUGUGCAAUUCUGCAUCAGCUCCUCGACCGUGUUCCAGAGACGAAUUCGCUCGUUCAGAGCACUCUAAAGGAACUUCGUAGAAAGGGCAAACAAUUCGUCAAGGACUAUAGCUCCCUUUGGACCAUCCUAUCAACCGCUCUGCAACCCUUUGGCUCGGAAACUCCACCCAGGAUACUUUUCAUCGUAGAUGCACUGGAUGAGUGUUCAGAGGAAUCCCGAACAUGGUUCAUAAAUCGGCUUGUAUCAGCGUUCUCUGAACCUGGCGAAGCUUGGGAAUGGGAGAUACCCCCGAAGCUUCUCAUCACAAGCCGCCCACUCGUCACAGUUGAAUCAGAACUUGGGCCAUUGACUGCAAACUGCCUACGCAUGGAAGACGAAGCAAUUGCCAUAUCCGCAGACAUUAAAAAGGUUGUCUCUGCCGGUAUAAAGAAGCUUCGCGACGAAAGACUUGUCGAGGAACGAACCUGCGAAAGGGUUUAUCAAGCGAUACUAGAAAAAUCCGGACAAGACUUUCUGUGGGUGUCGUUGGUGUUAGACCUCCUCCUUCACUCUGCAACCUUCGAUGAUGAAUCUGUUGACGACAUCAUCAACAUCCCGAAAGACCUUGACGCUGUAUAUGAGUCUGCGCUGUCGAAAACGUCAGAUCCAGACAAACCCCUAACUUUGCUACAAAUCCUUCUGGUCGUCACAAAGCCACUACACCUUGACGAGGUUAAUGUGGCUCUACACAUUCGAGCGAAUGAUCAUGUUCAAACCAGCAUCAGCCUCGAUCCUCGUAUCGGGCUCACUGUCAAGCAGCUUUGCGGAGCCUUAGUUCGUAUCGUCGACUCUAGAAUCCACCUGGCUCACGGAACUGUGAGAACUUUCCUGCUGAAAUCCGAAACUGCCUUACCUGGUCCUUCGAGAAGGUGGCGUGGCUCGGUAUACAAACCAAGAGCUAACUAUGUUUUGGCUCAAAGCUGCAUCACUUACCUUGCCCUUCAAGACUGGACCUCAGAUGUAUCUCUUGGGUCAAGAGGUGCGUUCUACGAGUACGCCGCGUUGAAUUGGUAUGUGCAUGUUGAAAAUGCCACAAAAGCAUCGAAUGAUCCCGAGGACAUCAACGAGGCCGAAAAAGAGACACUUGAUGAAUGCAUAACUACUCUGUGUUUUAACGGCCUUGGCGGGCUGCGGUCAUGGUUCGCGCCCUUUCACCGUAUUGGUGAUUGGAGUUUUCGGGUCAUGCUCAGCAAAGCGUCAGCUCAUGGACUGGUGCCCGUCGUAAGAGGAAUGCUACGUCAAACACAGGAACCUAGUUCUUCCGCAAAGGACUGGACUCCGGUUCCAGCUUUCAAUCCUUUGCACUUGGCUGUGCUGAAUGGACAUGACACUGUCGUUCGCCUUCUGUUCGCUGAGUUGGGGGGAAAACUGGGACGUUACAUGACAGCUACCACAAGAGCUUCUGCCAGAGAGGGCCACCUAGCUGUGGUCAAGGUCCUUUUUGCGAGCGAGCAUUGCCCACAGUCGGCUAAGGACUACGCGCUUUGGGAGGCUUGUCGCUAUAGUCGGCUCCAAGUAGCGGAGUAUGCUGUCAGCCAAGGGGUGUCUGUCGAGGCGAAGUUUGACCAUAAGUCUGCUCUAAGCGUGGCAGUUGAUCGCGAAGAUCAUUCCAUGGUCACGUUGCUCCUCAACAAUAAGGCAGUCCCUACGGGUUCGACCAUAUUGCAUGCUGCACGUUGGGCUGAGACAUCCCUUUUCCGCGCUAUUCUCACAGCUUACGAGAAUACCGACGCCGCGCUCCCUGAUGAUUGGAUGUCCAUGGCCACGAAUGAAGCUUCCAGUCGAGGCAACGCGGCGGUCCUAAACCUUUUGCUGGAUAUGGGUGCUAAGAAGCCAACACAAAACAAUCUUGACAAAGGGUUGAGGCGUGUAGCCCUUGCCGGCGACGAGGUAUCUAUCAAGACCUUUAUUCAUCUAGGAGGAAAGGACGGUCAAGGAGCUGCAACUUACGACGACCUUAUGCCGUACAUCGAGAAAUGUCAAUCGGAGCAUGCGACGCAAGAUAGUUGGAUCGAGCGCAUCCCUGAAGGUCAGGAUUUACCAGUGCUCCUUGAAAAGGAUUUCUUCAAGCACAAAACGGCUGCAGCAAUACUGGACGCUCUUCUCCAAUCGCAGAAAUACGACCAACGGAUCCUUUGUAUGUCGCUCGAAACUGUUUUUGUGGCAUAUUUGCCAAAGAGCAACCCUCCAUCAAAAACAGCAAUGGUUCAAAUGGGACUCAAGCGCAUCCCGGCCACGACAGCCAAUGAACGGAAAAGAUACCGAGACUUUACUGUCCCCGUUGCUUUUCUCUUGCAGCGUAAAGCUCGUCUAAGCCAAUCGUCAUAUCUUGAUGCGCUGGGGCGAGCCAUUUUGAAUAGCGCGGCAAUAAGAAAAGUCUGCACGGAGUUACUUCUUGAAAGGGUAGAAGAAUUUACAGACGCCAUUCCAGUGAGCUUUGCUAUAUUGCUAGCUCCCGCUUGCUUCUAUAACCACUCGGCAGCCAUGUCUAUGCUUUCAAAAGCAAGCACAGACGUGAACAAGAAAGAUGACAAUGGUGUGACUCCGUUACUAGCAGCAACCAUGGCCAAUGAUCUCGAAGUUUGUGAGAGACUGCUUGGAUCUGGAGCGGAUCCAAACAUUGUGUGUUCAUAUGAGCCUAAAUCACGUCCUUCAGAGGACGUGCCUCAGGAAGACGACAAUACUCCUCGAAUUUAUGGAGAUAGAGGAUUUACAGCAACCCCGUUGGCAGCGGCGAUGAAGUUGAAUGCUAGUGAAAUCAUGCCUUUGCUACUCCGCCAUGGAGCCGAUCCUUGGUUCGACUUCUGCCAAGGACAGGAGCAAGAUACACUCAUGUCUUCAAUCGCAAGCGCAGCGCAAACUGAGGAUUCUUUAGACCAUUUCCUUUCGCAGCUCCAAAAAUUGAACUUGUUGAUUUCCUCGCAUAUCAACACCAGGGAGAAAAUAUCGGGCAGAACCUUGCUUCAUUGGGCUGUCGUCAAGAGAUACCAGAGUUCGGUAGAGAAGCUCAUUGCGCUCGGAGCAGACACGGAAGUGAAGGACGCAAAUGGAGCAACUCCUCUUCAUGAAGCUGCUAUGGGAGCAACCAAGUAUACCGGUUCUGAGUUGGUCAAAUACCUCGUUGUCCAAGGUGGGGCUGAUCUAACGGCGGAGAAUAACUGUGGGAAGACGCCGCUUGCUGUCGCCAUCGAAGCCCAAGGCGAAACCGAUUAUCUGGUGGAGACUUCAGGCUUGCCUUCAACAGAAACCACUAUAGGUUUUCUAUCCAGAGUCGGCCAGUUUGGUUAUAACAGGAUGGAUCCUGCCGGGAUCAGGGAAGCAUACGAAGUAUCGCUGGUCUUGCACCAUGCUGGUGAUGCGUCCGUGGUGAGUGAUGCGGAGUGGUCGGAUGAAGUAGAAGAAGAGGAGUUCAAUUGGGACGAAUCUGACGAUGAUUCUGAGACGUCUGAAGGCCUUGCUGUAGGUGAGAGGUGAGCGAGUAGAUAUUGUUGGAUGAAGUGAUUUGGAAUCGAGAUACCUAAUCCUUGCGAAGC